UUCCCUUCACAACAGUGCGCCCCCCACGCACCCUCCCACUCCACGCACACGCUCGCUCAUCGCCGUGUUUUCGAGGAGAUGGUGGUUGAUCCGCGGCUGCUUCUCUCUUUUCUUUGCAGCUUCACGUCGGCGAGCAGCGCAGGGUGAAAGAGCCUCUGCGAUGCGUUCAACCGGGGACGCGUCGUAGUUGAAGUGAGGGAGAACUCGGGGGUCGGCGUGGAAGAACAAAGCAAAGGGGGGAGAUAUUUCCUAUAAGGAUGAGUGACUGGUGACAAAGAAAACGGGGAGCCCCUCUGGCUUUGGUUGAACUUGACGGCAGGCGUUUUGGGGGCUCGCUCUCACUUGGACAGCCAGAAAUUAUCAUAUUCUCACCAUCAUUAUUUUUUGGAGGGGAACCAUGCCUGUCCGGAGGGGUCAUGUUGCGCCACAAAACACGUUUCUGGGAGUAAUUAUUCGCAAAUUCGAAGGACAAAAUAAGAAGUUCAUCAUAGCUAAUGCCCGGGUGCAGAACUGCGCUAUCAUCUACUGCAAUGACGGCUUCUGCGAGAUGACAGGCUUUUCCAGGCCGGACGUCAUGCAGAAGCCGUGCACAUGUGACUUCCUGCACGGCCAGUUGACCAGUCGGCACGCAGUGGCCCAGGUGGCGCAGGCUCUGCUGGGCUCAGAGGAGCGCAAGGUGGAGAUCACUUACCACCGCAAAGAUGGUUCAAACUUCCUCUGCGCCACCCAUAUCAUCCCCGUGAAGAACGAGGAGGGCGUGGUCAUGAUGUUCAUCCUCAACUUCGAUUACAUCCUGGAGGAAGGCAGCAGUGACUCCCUGGAGAGACUCAAUCACACCUCACCUUCCAAAGCUGACCAACGGAAAGGGAGAUUCUUUCGUUUCCGUUUCCCAGCCUUACCUCUUCGGGGCAUCAGUAAGCAGUCCCUGCCCCAGGAAGACCCUGACGUCGUCAUGGUGGACUCUCCCCGUCACAGUGACGGCUCUGUGGCUACACAUGACUACCAACUCCCCACCACCCGCGAGAGCUGCAGCCCCUCAUAUGCUAACGACACUCGAGCCCUCAUUGAGCCCAGUCAUUGUUCCACCCCUGUGUCUGGGCCUUUGGACCACUCAUCACCCAAGGGCCCCUGGGACAGGAUAUACCAGGACCAAGCCAUUGGCCAGACCCAAAAGCCGGACCAGGAGGACACAUUAACUGCGGCUCCAUCAAUCCCGGGCCUCACUCCGACUGCUUCCAGAGAGAGUAUGUGCAGUAUUCGUAGAGCCUCGUCUGUACAUGAUAUGGAAGGCUUUGGGGCCAACUCCAAGAUGGCAUUCAGAGACAGACAUGCCAGUGAAGACAAUGGGCGCAAUAUCAAAGUAUCUCGCUCCUGGAUGGCUGGGGGGCCACUUAGCCAAAUCAGAUCCAGCCUGCUCGGCUCCACCUCUGACUCCAACCUGAACAAGUACAGCACCAUCAACAAGAUCCCCCUCAUCACACUCAACUUCUCUGAGGUCAACAAUGAGAAGAAGUGUCCCUCGCCCCCUUCCUCUGAGAAAACUAUCAUUGCCCCGAAAGUCAAAGACCGCACGCACAAUGUCACUGACAAGGUCACACAGGUUCUGUCUCUGGGGGCGGAUGUUCUACCUGAAUACAAGCUUCAGACGCCACGUAUCGACAAGUGGACCAUCCUUCACUACAGCCCCUUCAAAGCAGUGUGGGACUGGCUGAUCCUUCUGCUUGUCAUCUACACAGCCAUUUUUACACCCUACUCUGCUGCCUUCCUCCUCAAUGACAUCGAGGAGCAAAGGAGGCGCGAGUGCGGCUACUCCUGCUCGCCACUAAAUGUAGUGGAUCUGAUGGUGGACAUCAUGUUCAUUGUGGACAUCCUUAUUAACUUCAGGACCACUUACGUCAAUGCCAAUGAGGAGGUGGUCAGCCACCCAGCUAAGAUUGCCAUCCACUACUUUAAAGGCUGGUUCCUCAUAGACAUGGUGGCAGCCAUCCCAUUUGACCUCCUUAUCUUCGGCUCAGGAUCAGAUGAGACCACCACUCUGAUUGGUCUGCUGAAGACAGCCCGCCUCUUACGGCUGGUACGCGUUGCCCGUAAACUAGACCGCUAUUCAGAGUAUGGUGCUGCUGUCCUCAUGCUGCUCAUGUGCAUCUUCGCCCUCAUCGCCCAUUGGCUGGCGUGCAUCUGGUACGCUAUUGGCAAUAUGGAGAAGCCUUACCUGGAGCACAAGAUUGGAUGGCUGGACAACCUGGGGCUGUCAAUAGGAAAAAAAUAUAACUACAGUGACCCGAGCUCAGGUCCCUCCAUCAAAGAUAAGUACGUCACAGCUCUCUAUUUCACCUUCAGCAGUCUGACCAGUGUGGGCUUUGGGAACGUCUCCCCCAACACCAACUCUGAGAAGAUCUUUUCCAUCUGCGUCAUGCUCAUUGGAUCUCUAAUGUACGCCAGCAUCUUUGGGAAUGUGUCUGCCAUCAUCCAGAGGUUGUAUUCAGGUACAGCCAGGUAUCAUCUCCAGAUGCUACGGGUCAAAGAAUUUAUCCGCUUCCACCAGAUCCCGAACCCACUGAGACAGCGGCUGGAGGAAUAUUUCCAACACGCCUGGACGUACACCAAUGGCAUUGACAUGAAUAUGGUCCUGAAGGGUUUUCCCGAGUGCCUGCAGGCAGAUAUCUGCCUCCACCUCAACAAGAGCCUUCUCCACGGGUGUAAGGCGUUUCGUGGAGCCACUAAGGGCUGCCUCCGAGCCCUGGCCAUGAGGUUCAAGACUACCCAUGCUCCGCCAGGAGACACCUUAGUCCACUCUGGCGAUGUGCUCACAGCGCUUUACUUUGUCUCCCGUGGCUCCAUCGAAAUCCUCAAAGAUGACGUGGUGGUUGCCAUCCUGGGUAAGAACGACAUCUUUGGUGAGAUGAUGCACCUGUUUUCCAAGCCGGGGAAGUCCUGCGCUGAUGUGCGGGCGCUGAGUUACUGUGACCUCCACACCAUCCAGAGGGAGGAGAUUCUGGAGGUGCUGGACAUGUAUCCAGAGUUUGCCGACCUCUUCCUCACAAACUUGGAGCUGACAUUUGACCUCCGUGAUGAGAACCCCAAGGCAUCGUACCCCAAACCAUCUAAUUCUCACUCCGAUGACAUGAACUGUGGAAGACGUGUAUCUUACAGAAGGAAAUCGUCCACAGGUUCCCACAACAAGGAGCCGGUGGCCGCCUACUGUGAGACCAAGCAGAGGAGACAGAUCUACGCCUCCUCAGCAGCUGAGGAGGCGAGAGAGUCGGCAGAGGAGGCAGAGGACCAGGAGGAGGAGGAGGAGGACGAGGAGGAGGAAGGCAGGGAGGAGGAAGAGGAGCAGAGGCCCUUGUGUUCUGGUGUGCUGGGCUACCCGGUAGUUAGGGACCACUCCCUGGGCUUUGGGCUGAGCAGCACUGCGGAUGCACCGGCUGGAGAGAAUACACAAGACACAGGAGAAUACAAAGAGCGCAACACAGAUGAGUGGGUGCGUAAACGUCCCAGUGGGAACACAGAGGAGUCAGCCCAGUGUCAAGAGGCGGCCGCCGGGGAGGACGACAGUGACACAGACCUCACCUAUGGGGAGGUGGAGCAACGUCUGGACCUGCUGCAACAGCAUCUCAACAGACUGGAGUCGCAGAUGACUGCAGACAUCCAGGCCAUCCUGCAGCUCCUGCAGAGGCAAACGACCGCAGGGCCUCCAGCCUACAGCACCGUCACCUCCAGUCCCGAGUACCAGAGGCCGGCAGUCAGAGUCCAGCCAGUGUGUGCCAUCCAGACCAAUCUGAGCCUCGGCCCUGCUCCGCCUCCACCACAGAGCCCCGGCCCAGAAAAGGUCCAGAACACAUCCAAAGAAACCUCCCCAGUCCUCCUGCACAAAGAGACUCUUCCAGACCAAAACUUUGCUGGUUUACUUGAGUCCAACAAAGACACAGAUCAGAGACCCACACAGAAUGAUGUGCACUCUCUAGAACAACAGCCCCACCAUGAGCCAGCGAGGUUCCCCCCUGGCCGACAAUCCUCUCUACCUGACGUCCCCAGCAGCUCAGGAAUGGUGGGACUCCACAGGCCUGUUUCUGACCCGGGGCUUCCAGAAGCUCUCCCAGACCCAAACCCUCUUCCCUCUCUGAUGUAGAUGUAAGUCCAUUUAUACAGAGGUAUUUAUACACUAUAUAAUUGAUAAUACAGUAUGUAAAGUCAUCAUCUACUGUGUACAUACUUCAAAUAGAACACUGCCAGCAACAAGGCACACCACGUGCUUUUCUAAAAGAGAUAUGCAUGUUUUAGUUCCUCACCUUUUCUGUUGCAUGUUCCCCACACGCACUGCUACUCAGCAGGUGAUCAGGUGUGUUCUCGGCAUGCUCACAGACCACUGUAGCGAUCACGUCUCCUUUUCUAUGACUCCUCCCUCUUCACAGGGACAAAGCUACUUGAAACUCUUUCUAUAAUCUUAGUUUUUCAGCAGCUCCAAACAUUUGACACAGUUUGAAACUCACAAGGAGAUUGGUGUGUAUAUUUAGCGUGCCUACUGUACACCGCAAUGCCACAAACACGUUUGUAAAGCCACUUCUUCACUUCUGCUCACAAUACUCAACACAGUGUACUAAUAAAUGAAUAUGGAAGCUACGUGGACAGGACAUAUAGCACAAGACUUUGUCAGCCUUUGAAAGCAAUAAUGAUGAAAGACUACUGGAAAAGUCACUGAACUCUGGUGUGUUUCUAGAGUUAGAACCAUACUGGGACAAAAGUGAGGAUUUAAUUUAUAUCAGAGAUUAAUAUCACAUCCAUAACACGUCACUGACACCUAACACUUUAUAUGUUCAACACACAAAUAUGACUUGCUUGAAGAUGUGUAAGAAAAAAACAAGAGACUACAACAUCCAGUCUAAUUACUGUAGAACUGCCUGCGUCAUAUCAAUAUAACACAAGGAUGUUGCAGUCAAAACAUGUAAGAGACACCUCUGUUGAAGCAAUUUGACCAUUAAUCAGCAGCUAUUCUAAGUUUUUGCCAUGUCCUCAACAUGUAAAUUAGAUUUUCCCUGCCCUCUGUGACGACACGAAACCGACUUUGGCUCGAGGAACAACCCCUUCCUUUUUGAGGCAGGUCUAUUUAAAGAGUUGGAUACUUUAACAAUGUGAGUUAGGGAUAUUUUCCAAGAUUUCUCAAGAAAUAAACAUUGUGAAACAUGUCCAGCAUGUAAACAUGGGGAAAUUGUUGUGGAUCUGGAGGUAUGUGUACCUUCUAUUUUAUAAAUUAGCUUAUUUCUGAAAAUAUACCAAAAUGUAAUUGUGAUCUAAAAACAUAAUCUGGGAAAUUAUGACCACAUUAACCCGUCAAUCCCCAGAUUAAAUUUGCACAUAAUGAAUAACUGUGACUAUCUUGGGACCUGAUGUUCCUAUAGCAUUUUAUGUCUUAUCUGCUACCAAUACUCCUGAUAUACAGCACUUUAAACAGCUACAUUCAUUAAAAUAAAAUAAACCUUUUUCUCAAUUUGCCUCGACAUUAAUGUCCAUUAGUGUUUUGACUGCAGCUGGACAGAAGACAACCUCUUGUACGUGUACCUGUACUUUGGCCGCAUGCUUUAGGUCUUCCAUUAUCUAAAAAAAAAAAAGUACAAUAUUCUGAAUAAAGCAUCAUCAUUAACGAACAAAAAUCACCUGAGUAAAUACACAAACAAGUAGUACAGCCUUUAAUAGCCUUAGCUUUAUUAGCCUUUAUAAACAACAUCCAUCCAAAGCAGCAAAAUCCUGCUUCUCCACCGUCACACAUGUAUAUGUUAUGAACCAUGAACUGCAUGAAGAAAAUUAAUUAGUCAUUUUAGUUUUCUAACGACGACACAAAGUCAGACAAAAGCUCAUGUACUGCAUGGAGACUGCACUUGAGGAGAUUACAAAAAAAAGUCUCAAUCGACUGUGUAUUACUGCAUUAAGAAACAGCACAUAACCACAGAGAUUUCCAGAUUACAGUUAGACCUAUUUUUCUAAAAACAAAGUAUUUAAUUUGCCAUUAUUUUUCUAUGUACCUGAGUUGUUGUUGUUGUUUUUUUUCCCUUUAAACCCCCCUGAUGUGUUAGAAUGUUGUGGAGCGCUGAUGGAAAGUUGAUGAAUGCAAUGCACAGCCUCCCAAUGUAGCAAGCAAGGCUUCCGCAACAGGCAGCACUUAAAGCUAAGUGUUGCGCUGACUGUGUUCUGUUCGAGUAGUAUGUCUUGAGCUGAUAUUGCACAAUGAUUUUUGUGUCAUUACUGCUGAGUUUCCACGUGGAAUUUCCCCUCUGAAUUUAUUCAGCGCGUUGAUGAACUAAACCUAAAUCUGGGAUUCAUUCUGUCCCCGACACCUGUGCACCCUCGUCCAAUAAGUGAAAACACAGUGAAGUGAUGAAAGUGUCUGUAAGAUGUGGGAGAGAGCACUUGAGGAAGGAGCGAUGUGAAGUGGAAACAGAAGAGUGAAACCUUUAAUUUAUUGGAUGAUACAAACCGUCCCUAGCUGAAUGUGGGGUGCUUUCUUUGUUGAGCUUUUUCUUUCUUGAGCACAAAUGUAGAACAAAAGUUGCUUAAGCCUAAGUCGACGUGUCCGACGCCUGAAUUGUCGUCUACUGAACUUUCCUAGGACUUGCAAACUUUUGCACAGAGAUCAGAAAUCUUGCUGUACUGGAUACAAAAUGUCACUUUUUAAAUCUAGUGCUGUUCACAAUUGUUUUUAUGCAUUUUUUUAAAUGUUUGCCACUGUAUUUUAUACAAUGCAACACUUAACAGCUAAUUUGAAUGUUUCUGUUCUGAACUAUAUUUAAAGAAAUGGAAUAUAUUGUGUAAAUAGUCUUGGGUGGUGGGGGGGAUCAUUCAGUUGUAUAAAUGAAUAAACAGAAUGCAUACUGGUUAAAAAGUGUUUAUUAGAAGUAACAAAAUAUGAUAGUUCCUACCACACUUGAUUGCAGUGUUUAUGUAGAAAACCUGGCUUUAUUGGAAGUGAAAAAAGUAAACAGAAAUCUAGGAAUAUAAACAUAGAAGAUGUAAGCUCUCAGUAUCAUUAAUAAUGGAGUGAAUUUCUAUCCGCACACAGUCACUUUGGCUUGUUAUCACGUUAUACAUCUAUAAUUCCAGGCUCCAUUGAAGUCGUGCACAAUAUUUCCCGCAUAUAUAUUAAAAAAAGAAGCAUUGACAGAUACAGCACUAGCUACACGUUGAUUACUUUAAAGUUCAGUGUAAAAGCAAUGCAACAUCACGUUAAUGGGCUUUUUGCACAGCAGCCAUUUU